CGGGGGGAGCGGAGGCGCGCACGGCGCGCGGCGGGGCGGGGGCGCGCACGGCGGGCGCGGGGGCGCGCACGGCGUUGCCAAGCGGCGAGUUCCGGCCGCCGUAGUUCAAGAGAAAAGGAAGGAAGAACAUAAUAAGAUGUCACCUGAAGUGGCCUUGAACAGAAUUUCUCCAGCGCUUUCCCCCUUCAUUUCCAGUGUGGUCAGAAAUGGAAAAGUGGGACUAGAUGCUACUAAUUGUUUACGGAUUACAGACUUGAAGUCUGGCUGUACAUCCUUGACCCCUGGACCGAGCUGUGAUCGUUUUAAACUACAUAUCCCUUAUGCGGGAGAAACACUCAAAUGGGAUAUAAUUUUUAAUGCCCACUAUCCUGACCUGCCACCAGAUUUUAUCUUUGGAGAGGAUGCUGAGUUUUUGCCAGAUCCUUCUGCUUUGCACAAUUUAGCUUCCUGGAAUCCUUCAAACCCCGAAUGCCUCCUGCUUGUUGUGAAAGAGCUUGUGCAGCAGUAUCAUCAAUUUCAGUGCAGCCGAUUACGGGAGAGUUCUCGUCUCAUGUUUGAGUAUCAGACUUUACUUGAAGAGCCCCAGUAUGGAGAAAACAUGGAAGUCUAUGCUGGCAAAAAAAACAACUGGACUGGAGAAUUCUCGGCUCGCUUCCUCUUGAAGCUGCCUGUCGAUUUCAGCAAUAUUCCUACAUACCUUCUCAAGGAUGUGAAUGAAGAUCCUGGAGAAGAUGUUGCACUCCUCUCCGUUAGUUUUGAGGACGCAGAAGCUACUCAGGUUUUUCCUAAGCUGUACCUCUCCCCACGUAUUGAACAUGCGCUUGGAGGAUCAUCUGCCCUUCACAUCCCAGCCUUUCCUGGUGGAGGUUGUCUCAUCGACUAUGUACCCCAGGUGUGCCAGCUGCUAACAAACAAGGUACAAUAUGUUAUUCAGGGAUACCAUAAGAGAAGAGAGUACAUUGCAGCUUUCCUGAGUCAUUUUGGAACUGGUGUGGUGGAAUAUGAUGCAGAAGGAUUCACAAAGCUUACUCUAUUGCUGAUGUGGAAAGAUUUUUGCUUCCUUGUUCACAUUGACCUACCCCUCUACUUUCCUCGAGACCAACCAACCCUAACAUUUCAGUCUGUCUACCACUUCACUAACAGUGGCCAGCUGUACUCCCAGGCCCAGAAGAAUUACCCAUACAGCCCCCGAUGGGAUGGCAAUGAAAUGGCCAAGAGAGCAAAGACAUAUUUCAAGACAUUUGUCCCUCAGUUCCAGGAGGCAGCAUUUGCUAAUGGGAAGCUUUAGACAGCUUUGGGCAUGGAAACUAUACUGGAGAGAUCCUUCAGUCUGCACAUGUCAGCCCAGAAGAAGGAUGCCUGGAAAUGGGUUGGACUGUCUUGAUAGGUGCUUUCUUGCCUCUGAACUGGUUUUGGUAGCUUCAGUUUUGAAACAAAGACCUCACUAGCAUGCUUAGAACUGAAUAUUUGAUAUUAAUCCUGCCCCUUUGCCUCUGCCACCACCAUUCCUUUAUAUAUCUAUUGGAUUAAAUUUAAAAGGGCGUGCAUUGAUAUGAUAACAUUUUCUUGUGCCAACAAUGUCCUGUAUGUUAUGCCUUGCUUCCUUGUCUUCAGAUGGUCUAAAUUGGAUUGUUCUUCCCCAUGGAAAUAUGAUGUAAUGUGUACAUUUAGUUAACAUUUUCAGCUUAUCCUAAGAAAACAUAAAACUGCCAUGUGUACCAGGAACGCCUAAUGGACUGUACAGUGCCAUAUUCUGCCUUGGAGGUUUGCAUCUCACUGUGCUCGUUACUCUCACAGGUAUGGAUAUGAGUUGCACACUGCAAUUCUCAGUGCCUUUCCAGUUGGUCUGGAGUUAGUAUGGCAACGUGUUUGAGGUUUGGUGGUUUUUCUAAUACUUCUGUUGAAAGCUCAUCUUAUGUGAAAUGUUAGGCUUUUAUGCUUUGUUUUCAUUUCCAACAAUUUCAAAUUGUUGUACAAUUUCGGCGUUUUCCUAAUGAGUGCCCCUUGCCAUUACAAAAAAGUUCUACCAACAUGCAAGUAAAUAGUUGUAUUGACCAGUAUAACAAAUAAAGCCCUUUCAUAGACCUGUAAUUUUUCCAAGUAAGAUAAAUACUGCUAAGAAUCAAACUUUCAAUAAAGGAAUUAAUGAUGUCUUGGAAAAUAGCUGAUGAAAUAAUGUAGGGCUGUAGGUAUUUAGCUUAGUGCUUAAGUUCAGCAUAUCUUCUCAGAAAAUAUUUUUAAGUGUAUAUAACUGGAAACAUUACCUCCCCUAAUUCUGAAAUGCCAAAUGCAAAAUCCUGCCUAUUCAUCCUUUCUUUCCUGCUUUUGUCAGGCACACCAGUUGGGACUAAUGGUCACAAUGUCACUUCCCCAAUUAAUUUGUGACUAGACCAAGGUACUUUCCAGUAAGGAAUAAAAUUAACAGAGUAUGUUGCCUAUAAAUGGUAUCUGGAAAAUAUGCCCUACUUCUGCUGAAUACAAGGAACUAAAUGAAUAGUAUGCAGAUGAUACA